AAGCUCCUGUGAGUCAGCGCUGAGGGCGGAAACACCCGAAGACAUUCCUACGCUACAUCCUGUUUACGCUUCGUGUGUAGCAGCCUUAGUUUAGUUUGUGUUCAAGUAUGUAAGACGAGACUGAAUAGAUAUGUCACCACGUUCACGGUAAAACACGACAUAUUUCGGGAAAUACGAGAGGCCUCUAAAAACCAGCCAUGUCGUGCCGGGACAUCCAUGCUACCAACGCCUUCGCCUUCAUCAUCGCCUUUGUGUCUGUGGGUGGGAUUGCCGUGGCAGCGUUGAUCCCACAGUGGCGCAUCACCAGACUCGUCACCUUUAAUCGCAACGCCAAGAACGUGACGGUGUAUGACGGGCUGUGGGCUAAAUGUGUGAGACAGGAUGGAUAUUCUGGAUGUUACUACUAUGACUCAGAGUGGUACUCCAAAGUUGACCAGCUGGAUUUGCGGCUCCUGCAGUUCUGCCUUCCUACAGGCCUGGCGCUGGCCUCUCUAGCCUUGCUGCUGUCCAUGUCUGGGAUGUGUAAAACCUGCUGCUGCUCAGGCAAACCUGAGCCGGACAUUAAGACCACCAGAUUCCUCGUCAACAGUGCCGGCUGCCAUCUGGUGGCUGGGACCUUCCUGUUCCUCGGAGGAGCGAUCGCCAUCGCGCCGUCAGUUUGGUUCCUGUUCCGCACUAAACAGAUGAACAGUAAAUAUGCCAACAUCUUCUCCGACGGGUUCGCUGUCUAUAUAUCCAUAGGCUGCUCUGGAGGACUGAUGCUAGCUGCGCUACUUACAUUCAUGUGGUAUUGCAUGUGUAAGAAGCUGCCUUCGCCCUUCUGGCUGCCCCUAAACCCCGUGACAUCCUCUCCGUCCACCCAGCCUCUCACUGCCAACGGAUUCCCUCCCUCUCCGGUUUAUGGGCCGCAGCCAUUCCCGCCACAGGCGCUUCCCCCCACAGUCAUCGACACGCAGCCGUUUGUGCCUCCGCAGGGCUACAUACAAAAUAUGAUGGCGCCCGCUCCUGCUCAGGUGUACAUGACCCAGGUUUCUCCUGCAGAUGGGUACGGAUCAGAGGUGGGAGGCUCCCAGGCCUAUAGCUAUGCGCCAUCGCAGAGCUACGCUCCAUCGCAGAGCUACGCCCCGUCGCAGAGCUACGCGCCAUCGCAGAGCUACGCGCCGUCCCAGAGUUACGCCUCCAGCUACGCCGGCCACCGUUACUCCACCCGCUCACGUAUGUCGGCCAUAGAGAUCGACAUUCCUGUUCUGACCCAGCCAGAGUGAGAGGCAGAACACACUGAAGGCCUCUGCCCAUCAGGCACCAUUAAGUAGAGUGCUGAUAAAACUAAUAGACCCUGGUAGAACAAAGUUAAUAAUGUGAGAGCUAUUUUUAGCCUCUAGAUAGUUUAAAAACUCUACCCAGGCAGGUCAGGCCUGAUAGUAGGAGAUGAGUCGACCCAAACAACACUACUCCAUGAAGGGUUAUGUUGUUUUUUUUAAAGUGAACAUUCCUAAAGCACUGCAUUCAGCUUACAAAAAGGGAAGAAAUACAAUUAUUUCCCAUGAAGAAGAAAAGCCUGUGGUUCCUCUGGUUUUCCAGCUGGGUUGGACCAGUAACUGAAUGGGAACCAGCACCACAAGUUGACCAGUUCCCUUUCACUGAGUUUUUAUGUUAUAUAUUUUCUCACUUGUUACAUUCCCUUUAAAAUUAGGUCUCUGCUGUGGAGGUCUCUGUUAUCACUACUGAACAUUAACACUGACUUGCAUUAACUUUAAAUUGUUUUCUGUAAUGUGAUUAAUUAAUUAAGAUUAAUGCCACUGUGUCACAGAGAAGCAGCUGUUUUGAAUGCACUAAUAUUAUGAAUACUGUGCUUUUGUUUACUGGUCUUAGCUUAGCGUUACGCUUUUGUAAUGUGCGGCCUUUUGUUUUGAAAUUGUGGCUCAAAGUGAUUAUUAAUCUGUGCCAAAUCUGCCUUUGCAAAUGCAGAAAUUAUAUAAACUGUGGAUCUAAACAUUUGUGUCAUAAACAAAUAUAAAAGUCUGUAAUGAAUGGAGCAAAUGCAGAAACCAAAUUUAACCUUGUUGCCUUUUGGAUGCUUCACAUAAGUAAGCACUGAGCAAAUGUUUUAAUUAUUUGAAUUAUAUUCUGUAACAUUCAGGUCCAUAUAAUGCUGAUAUGUUUUUCUACACUCUCAAGGUUUUGUUUUAAAUAAAUUACAAAUCUCA